AUGCAGCAACAGCAGCUGCAGCAGCAACUGCAGCAGCAGCUGCAGCAGCACAUUCAGCAGCAGCAGCUGCAGCUGCAGCAGCACCAACUGCAGCAGCUUCAGCAGCAGCCGCAUAUGCCGCAGCAGCCGCACAUGCCGCAGCACCAGCACCUGCAGCAAGAGCUGCAGGAUCAGCAGCAGCAGCAGCAGCAGUUGCUGCCUGCUGCUGGCCAGGGCCCAUCUCAGCGAUCUGGGCCGUUGCGAGGGGAGCUGCCCGUCGAAGACCCUCAGCAGCAGCAGCAGCAGCAGCAGCAGCAGCAGCAGCAGCAGCAGCUGCCGCCGCCGCCCCCGCCGCAGCAGGCGGCGCAGCACGUGGGGGCGCCGCCGCCGCCGCAGCCGCCGCCGCCGCCGCCGCACCAGCAGCAGCACCAGCAGCAGCAGCAGCAGCAGCAGCAGCAGCAGCAGGAAAGGAUUUGCCAACUAGUUUUGGAUCUUUCCGUAGCAGCAAAAAGAGAAUUUGCUCUUCUCGAACUUUCCAAAAGAAGAGAAACUUAUCCGGACUUGGCGCCGCUGCUGUGGCACUCUUUCGGGACCAUGGCGGCCAUUUUGCAGGAAAUCAUUUCCGCCUAUCCUUUUUUGUCCCCCCCCUCCUUGACCACCCAGGCCUCAAAUAGGGUUUGCAACUCUUUGGCUUUGCUGCAGUGUGUUGCUUCUCACCAGGAGACGCGGCAGCUGCUGCUGAAUGCGCACAUUCCCUUGUUUUUGUAUCCGUUUUUAAACACUGUUUCGAAAACAAGACCUUUUGAAUAUUUGCGACUCACUUGUUUGGGGGUUAUUGGGGCCCUCGUGAAGGCCGACGACCCUUCGGUGGUUUCCUUUUUGCUGCAAACGGAAAUAGUGCCUUUGUGUCUCCGCAUCAUGGAAACUGGCUCCGAACUCUCCAAAACCGUGGCGACGUUCAUAGUGCAGAAGGUGCUGCUGGACGAAGUGGGACUUUCUUACAUUUGCGCAACAGCAGAAAGGUUUUAUGCUGUCUCUACAGUUCUUUGCAACAUGGUCACGGGGGUGGUGGAUUGUCCUUCCAACCGCCUCCUCAAACACGUCGUCAGGUGCUAUCUCCGGUUGUCGGAUAACUCGAGGGCGCGAGAGGCUUUAAGACAGUGUCUUCCAGAUGCUCUCAAGAACCCGGAGCUGCACGCGAGUCUUAAAGAUGAUCCUGCAACGAAGAAGUGGCUGAUGCAGCUGCUGCAUGCAGUGUCGAGUCCCCCGCAGCAGCAGCAGCAGCAGCAGCAGAUUCAGCAACAGCAGCAGCUGCAGCAGUAG